GAGGAGUGGGUGGGCAGCGCAUACCUGUUUGUGGAGUCCUCCCUGGACAAGGUGGUCCUGUCAGAUGCUUACGCUCACCCCCAGCAGAAGGUGGAGAUGUACAGGGCUCUGCGGACUGCAUUGGCAGGUGUGCCCUUGGGUGUAGACAUGUGUCUCCGUGUCUUUGUAAGAUCUACCUAUGAGUGCACUAACAUCCCACUCGAUGUCCCUCACUCGCCAGACCAGCCGGCUCACUGCUUUCUACUAAUCGCGCAUCUAUUUUCCUCUCUUACUGCUGCACUCCUUGUCCAAGACCCCUUCCUAGUACCUACCUUUCGGGUCCCCCUUUCCCAUGUCAGGGCAGAGGCGACAGGAAGCCGGUUGGGGGAUCCGGCCUGGGCCCCAAAGUGGCUAGAGCCCCUCUCCUUCCGGGGCAGCCGGAGCUGCGCUUGGAGGCGGAAGAUCUGAGACCUCUCGCCCUUCCCCUGCCCUGCUGGCCGCCUACCCAGAUGGCUUGGCUGCCCAGGGCAUACUCCCCUUUCUGUGCUGGAGUCUCUCCCCCACGUCCCUUUUGCCCACCUUGAUUUGGGGCUCCAGGGAUGGGGUGGGGGGUACCCACUCCGCCUAAGGGUGCUCCCUGUGGUAGGUCCUGGCCUUCAUUCUGGGUUGUUGCUGUUUGCCUCCCAAUUUUGUCUCCCGGCUGGGAGCUUUGGGGUAACCCCGCGUCCCCAGGUCUGGGGAUGGGAAGGGCUCUGACUGUGGACCUCACCCCUCCUGCGUCCCCGCAUGGGGACCACCUGACGCCUGACUGCCCGUCUCGGCAGAAAACGGGAGCCCAGAUAUGCUGCAGAUGCUCAAGAUUCACCGUAGCGACCCGCAGCUGAUCGUGCAGUUGCGUUUCUCAGGGCGCCAGCCCUGCAGGCGCUUUCUCUGCGCCUAUCGCGAGGGGGCGCUGCGCGCCGCGCUAGAAAGCCGCUUGGCUGCGGCGCUCGCCCUGCGCUCCUUGCGAUUGCAACUGGAGCUGCGCGCCGGCGCGGAGCUGCUGGACGCCUUGCUCACCGAUGAGGAACGCUGUUUGAGUUGCAUCUUCGCCCAGAAGCCCGACCGGCUCCGGGACGAGGAACUCGUUGAGUUGGAGUAUGCGCUUCGGAAGCUGACGUGCGGCUCCGGGGGCCAGGGUGGCGACGUGGAGGUCGCUCUAGCCCCCUCGCAGCCCCAGUCGCCCACUCCAUCGGAGGAGAAGCAGCCGCCGCCAUCUGGCCAGACUUUUCUGUUCCAGGGUCAUCCUGUAGUGAACCGGCCGCUAAGCCUGCAAGACCAACAGACGUUCGCGCGCUCCGUGGGCCUCAAAUGGCGCAAGGUGGGGCGCUCUCUGCAGCGCGGCUGUCGCGCGCUGCGGGACCCGGCACUUGAUUCUCUGGCCUAUGAGUACGAGCGAGACGGGCUGUAUGAGCAGGCCUUCCAGCUACUGCAGCGCUUUGUGCAGGCCGAGGGCCGCCGUGCCACACUGCAGCGCCUGGUGGAAGCGUUGGAGGAGAACGAGCUCACCAGCCUGGCAGAGGACUUGCUGGGCCUGGCGAAUCCCGAUGGCGGCCUGCCCUAGGCUGGGUACCAGACAAAGGGGCGAUCAGCU